AUGGUGUUUGACAGCAGCAAUGAACUGAAUAUCCAGCAUUAUUCUAGUAACUUCGGAGUGGAAAAACAAGGUAUAAAAAGACAUGGAAUAUCCAGACUGGUGGAAAUAAGAAUCAUUCCUCAUACUGUCCCUUACAAAAGAGAAUUUUCUCCAAAGUCUUUGACCUUAUCAGAAGAUAGCAAACCACAGGAUAUAAGCGACGGCGGCACGGAUUCAUCGAGCCAUUGGACAGCUUUGCAGCGCAGCAGACCAGGCUGCACCACCGAGCACGGCAAUCCUAUCAGGGGUGUGUAUCCGGGGUGGUGCUCAGAUGGGGCAGGAGAGCAAACCGCUCCUCUGGCCACAGUGGGGCAGGGGCAUCCCCUCGGGGGCGUCCCGAACGCCUCCUUCCACAGUCCAGGCGGUAACGGCGCGGUUGGGACCAGUCAGCCCGGGCCCCGCCUCAGGACGCCCGGGGCCGAGGCGAGGCCUCAGCAGCCGGCUGGGCCGCACCACCCCCGCCCGCCGGGACCCCGGCAGGCCAGGACUCGGCCUAACUCCCGCCCCGCAGGCCCGGGUCGUUUCCGCUCCCCCGGGUCGUUUCCGCUCCGCCCGCGGCCGAACGCCUCGGCCGGAGUCCGGCCCCUAAGGCCCGUGGCCGAGUCGUAUCCGGGUAAAGUCUGCAGCCCCCAGUCCCUCUCGCCCACCCCGGGGCCCUUCACGCACUCACCGACCGGCUAG